AUGCGGAGGAGGUGGCAGAUGUGGGGGAAGCCCGACGGGAGCCUCGUCUGGAUCCCGGCCUCCGACGGGCCUCCUUCGGAGGCGGUGCCCGGUGAGGCGCCGCUUGUUCCUCCUGACCCGCAGCCGGAUGCGGCGGCGAUGGAAGAUGCGCCAUCGGGCGAUGAGAUUAUCGAAGGCCCCGGCGCCACCGAUGGAUGCAGCGUCCCGUCGAUGGCCGACCUCUUCACCCAAGUUUUGGAUAAGCUAGUUGCUGCUGAUGAAAGAGCCGUGGCGAUCGAGCGUGCAGGGAAGGGUGGGGUGUUCUGCACUGGGUUGGGGAGAUCAGUGGCCGUCAGCGAUACGGCUAUAGAGAGGGCCAAGUUAUUGGUUGGGGAGGUCGCGGAGGAAACAAGUAAUAAGAGAAGGCAACCAUUUGGCAAUGGUUCCGAUUUGGAACGCGAAUUGGGAGAAAGAAAUGUUUCUUUUAAAGGUAGUGUACAUAAAGACAUUUUGUCUCCUAUGUUCCAAACUGGAUCGGGGAAGGCGGUUUCACUAAACAAGGACUUGAUUCAGAAGGCAGGAGCUGUUUUAGAAGGAAAUGUCGAGAAUUCUGUCGUUGCUGUACAGCCUGUACAAUCUAUGUUCCAUACUGAAUUGGUUAUGACAGAUCCAAUCAGCAUGAGCUCCAUUGAUAAGGCAAUGCCUGUUUUGGAGGGACAAACAACUGCAAAACAUGGAGAUGUGGCAGAUGUGGAUGAUACGGGACUCUUUCCAUUGUUCCAAACUGGUUCAGGUAAAGCUGUAUCGGUCAGUAUAGCAUCUAUCCAGAAAGCUAAGGCCGUCCUGGAGCAAAAUGAUGAAAGUGCAGGAAAUAUGGAUGAUUUGAGUAGGCCUGACCAAUCUCUGAUCUUCCAAAAUGGUUCACGAAGACCAGUCUUGAUUAGUGAAAUAGCUAACUCUGUGGUGAAGGGGGGAGAUGCUGGAAACAUUGUUUUCCGAACAGGAUUAGGGAGGCCUGCUGCGGUGAGCGAGACCUCAAUUCAAAAGGCAAGGGCAGUACUAGAUGAAGAUGCCAAAAGAAGAGGCUAUGGACUUACUGGUGUCUGCACCACCACUUACCAAACCGAAACUCCAACUUCUGUUUUGAUGAGUGGUGGUCUGACUAUGACUGAUAGAUCUGUUACACCGGAUGGAGAUGUUUCAAUUCAAGGAAAAAAUUAUGGGGCUGAUGGUCACAUGCCAUUAUUUCAAACUGGGUUUGGGAGGUCCAUUUCAGUUAGUAAAAGCUCAAUUAAGAGAGCAAGUACACUGCUGGAGCCAAGGAACAUUACAAAAGAAUUGGAAGAUGAAGCUAAUUUUGAUGGCUCUGCCACUCCGAUGUUCAAAACUGGAUCAGGAAGAUCUAUCACAGCAAGUGAAAAUUCUAGAAAGAAAGCCCAUGUUGUCUUAGAGGGUGACGAUCCAGUAAAAAAUGUAUAUAAUGACACUGGAGAAGCCAUUGAACCAAUCCUCCAUGCUGGAAUACAGAAGUUUGCACCCCAAAGUAGAAGUUCAAGUCAUAAGGCAAAUGCCCUCAUGGAGGAAGGGAGCUCUAUAAAAGAGGUCCGUGGAAGUGAACCGCCAAUGUUUCGAACUGGAUCUGGGAGGUCAGUCUUGAUUACUGACAGAUCGGUGCAGAGGGCAAGGGCGGUUCUGGAGGAAGAAGGCAAUAUGAAAAGAGAAAAUCACAAGCAACUUAAUAAUGUGGACAAAUAUAUUCCAAAUUUUACUUCACCUCUCAAGACAAGCUGCAUAAGGACUGUAAAUAUAUCUUCAGUUGGUGUUUCUCGAGCUGCAACUUUGUUGGGUUUGGAGGAUAAUACCCUUUCAACACAACUUUUAGGACAUGUGGGGGAUAAGCUAGGUACAAAGAUAAAUGUUGAGAGGGAAAAUUCAGAGCACCGAUUUGAUGUAGCAUCAGUCCGUGGAGUUUCUGGUGGCUGCCCAAUGAACUUGGGCCCAGCUGAAAACCAAGUACUUAUGGAUCCACAUCAGCAAUCUACAUUUUCUAAAACAACUGUCUCUGAUUCUAGUGAGCAAGCGAUCAAGUUCAGCACUGCUGGCGGCAGAUCAAUGGCUAUUUCCAGUGAUGCUCUUCAACGUGCAAAAAGUCUUCUGGGUGAAUCGGAUUUAGAGGUGUUACCAAAUAAUUUUUUAGGUCACUCUUCAGCAUCUCCAUGCAAAGAGAAGCUGCAAAAUUCAACUCGUCUGCGAAAAGGUGAAACUGAUUUAUUGAAGACAAUUAGGGGGGAAAGCAAAACUGAGCCAGCAAUUUUUUCCCUUCCUGCAAUGCCUGAUAGGAAGCACACAGAUUCCUUGGGACGUGCUAUACCUGAUACCACUUUGGCUAAUGGAAAUUCUGUCAGGUUUCAUGCGGCAAGAGGUUAUCAUCCUAUCAAUGAGAUUCCAAAGUUACCCAAGCCUUCUUCCAGAUGUUCUUUUGGUACUGAAAAUGCAAGUGAUACUAACGAUAAGGCUCGAAGAUUCCAAAUGCCACCUGGACCAUUGGUUGACAUCACUAAUUACAUGGGUACACAUUCUGUUAAAACUGACUCCCUUCCCACUGAGAAGAGAAGAAUUGGGGGAAGAAACACCAUAUCUACCUUUAAACGUCCCCGUUCUUCCAGGUUCAUCGCACCUACGAAAAUCAACAAUCCAUCCCCUGCUGGAGUAUCCAAACUACCACCAAUUCAGAUCAGUCCCUGUCGAACAAAGUUGUCUUCAUGCUAUCCUUUUCAACAUGAAAGAAAAUCGUGCAAAGAGUAUUUUGGUGGCCCUCCACGUUUCAAAUAUUUGACAGAAGAUAUAACAGAUGAAGUGAAGCUCAUGGAUGCAAAAAAUGCUGAGGAUUACAAGUUCAAUACAGAUACUGGUUCGGAAGAAUUUCAGAAGAUGCUUCUUGCCUGUGGUGCUUCGUUGACAUACGCAACUAAAGAAUGGACGAGCAACCACUAUAAAUGGAUUGUUUGGAAGCAUGCUUCAUUGGAGAGAUGCUAUCCAACUAGAGCUGCUGGCAAAUUCUUAAAAGUUGGUAAUGUUUUGGAAGAGCUGAAGUACAGGUAUGACAGAGAAGUGAACUAUGGCCACCGCUCAGCCAUAAAGAAAAUUUUGGAAGGGAAUGCUUCACCAUCUUUGAUGAUGGUGCUGUGCAUCUCAGCUAUUUAUUCUUGUCCUGACCUAAACAACAAUAAGCCAGAAGAUGACAAGCCACAUGCAAAUGAGGACAAUAGUGAGACUAAAAUCUUGGUAGCUGCUAAAAGGAACAUGCCCGCAAAGAUUGAACUAACUGAUGGAUGGUAUUCUCUGGAAGCGACACUAGAUCUGGCACUUUUGGAGCAACUAGAGAAAAGAAAGCUUUUUAUAGGACAGAAGCUUCGGAUAUGGGGAGCUUCACUGUGUGGUUGGUCUGGGCCAGUGUCAUUUCAUGAGGCAUCUGGUACUGUUAAAUUAAUGAUCCACAUAAAUGGCACCUAUCGUGCAAGAUGGGAUGAGACUUUGGGAUUAUGUAAGCAUACUGGAGUCCCACUGGCAUUCAAGUGCAUAAAAGCUUCAGGUGGUAGAGUUCCUAAGACACUGGUUGGAGUUACCAGGAUUUAUCCUGUUAUGUACAAGGAGAGGUUGUCUGAUGGUCGUUUCAUGGUGAGGUCUGAAAGGAUGGAAAGAAAAGCACUACAGCUGUAUCACCAGAGAGUGUCUAAGAUUGCAGAAGACAUCCAGUCUGAACAUGGAGAAUACUGUGACAAUACCAAUGAUAACGAGGAAGGGGCAAAAAUAUGCAAGAUGCUAGAACGGGCAGCUGAACCUGAAGUUCUCAUGGCAAGCUUGAAUUCAGAGCAGCUUCUGUCUUUCUCAUAUUAUCAAGAAAAACAAAAGAUUGUUAGGCAAAAUGAAGUUGCUAAGAAGGUUGAAAAUGCUCUCAAAUUUGCUGGGCUGAGUUCAAGAGAUGUUACACCAUUUUUGAAAGUCAAGGUGAUGGGUCUUAUCAGUAAACAAUCUGCCACAAAAUCGAGCCAAAGAGAAGGGUUAAUAACAAUUUGGAACCCUACCGAGAAGCAAAAAUCCGAUUUGGUGGAGGGACAGAUUUAUUCUGUCACAGGAUUGGGGCCUUCAAACUAUUUUACAGAAGUAGUCUACUUGCAUGCUAGAGGAUCAUCUACAACAUGGAAGCCUUUAGCAUCCACACAGACUACAAAUUUUGAACCAUUUUUCACCCCUCGUAAAGCAGUUGAAUUGUCACAUUUUGGUGAAAUACCACUUGCAAGUGAAUUUGACAUUGCAGGUCUUAUUUUAUAUGUUGGGAAUGUUUAUUUAUUGAACGACCAGAAUAGGCAGUGGCUCUUUUUGACAGAUGGAUCUAAAUUUAUCUCCGGAGAAGAGUCUGAAGAGCAAGAUGACUGUCUUCUUGCUGUUAACUUUUCUUCCCCAACCACUGGCGAGGACUCUGCAUUCUUCAAUUCUGCCGUUUCUGGACAUAUAGUUGGUUUUAGCAAUCUGGUUAAGCGACAGAAAGACCAGAUGAGGCACAUGUGGGUAGCUGAGGCGACAGAGAGCUCCACCUAUACUCUAUCCCACGAGAUACCUAAAAAAUCACAUCUCAAAGAGGCUGCGAAUUCUGCUGAAAAAUGGGCUUCAAGUUCUCAUCCUAUGAUUCAGCAUCUGAAGGAAAGAGUUUUGCAAAUAGUUGGUGAUAGUGGUGGCUGAAGUAUUCUGAAUGCCGCUACCAGUAGAAUCACUUUGUUUCAGGACUGGACCAGGAUGACGCCUAUGGCGGUGGGAUCCUCGUUGCCUCCUUGGUACUAUUAUCCUUAUCAUUGUCGCCAAGAUAACCGACAAACAUGAUAAAUGCUGUGUGGCAUAUGAAUGACGGAUACAUGAAUGUAUGAUAUCCACUUCACCGUAUUGUUUCCUACUAGUUAUAACCUUUCUUAAACAGUACUUGGACUUACCUUACUUGUUCAUUAGGAUCAGACACAAGGAACAGGUGUACAUUUAAUGUUGAAUUAGUAUUUAAGUUAAUAUUCUGAAUUUUGUG